AUGGAAUCAAUAACUUCAGGCAGCCUUGAUAUCUAUGAGGAGUUUGGUGUUCCCGAAAAUGCUAGUUCGCGAGAGAUCACUAAAAGGUAUAGAACUUUGGCCCUCAAGUACCAUCCUGAUAAAAACCCAACCAAAGAAGCUAGAGACAAAUUUGAUUUGGUCUCGUUGAUCUACUCCGUUCUCAUCGAUAGCCAGCUACGGCAUCAUUAUGACAAUGUGCGAAAAAACCUAAUCAGACACAUUGGAGUAAGCGAAGAGGCCCUGCAACAAAUUCGGAAGUUCCGAGAGGAGCUUGAAAAGGCUGAAGCAGCAGGGAAGGCGCAAAGAAAGAAUCCCAAAAACUCGUCGGGCGAUAUACAGCUCGAACAAUUGCGUUUGGAGGGCCUUGAAUAUAGAAGACAUUUCCAACAGAAGCACGCAUCCACGCCAGGUUAUGUCUCUUUCCGAGAGCUCAUUAGCGAUGGGCCAUUUACACAUUUCCUGGAAGCUGAUCCAUGCACUAAAGUAACAGUCAGAUGGAAGUACAAGAGUGAAGCGCAGAUUGACGAUGGUCUCUUACAGGAAAUUAUGUCUCGAUUCGGAAAUGUUUUGAGCGGAUGCGUAGAUAAAUGUGACGACCUGUACUGUCAAGGCACGGUUGUUUUCGAGAGCGAUGAAGCUGCAAGUGAAGCUGUGCAUCAUGAUUAUAGAAAAAGCGCUACUUUAUGGGAUGGGACUCGUGUGAGAAAACUAGCAAGCUUGCUCCGAGAGUGCAAGCUCCAGCUCGCUUUAAGUUACGAAAACGAGUACGCAGAAUCGCUAAUUCGCCAGUUGGCGCAUUGA